GGGCAGGGUGGCUGCAGGGAGAAAGAGGGGGAGAGAAUGGUAGGGGAUCUGCCUGUAUGUCCUCCUCAGCUCCUGCUCCUGGGCUGGGGAGCAGUGCUGCUGUCUCUGUGUUUGUCCACCGUGUUCUCCCAGAUCCCGGAUCCUGAGCUUUUACCUACAGAUCCCCCAAAGAAGCCAGACCCUGUCAACUCAGAGACCGUUGUGUUCUGGGGGCUGCGGUUAUGGCAGGUCAUUGGUAUCUUCGCAGUCUUUGCUUUAGCAGUUGUUAUCACCUUGUGUUGCAUAUUUAAAUGUCGAAUCCCAAGAACAAAAAAGGAAAUUGAAGCAAGGCAUGCGCAGAGAGAGGCUGCCAAGAAAUACGCCAACACUUUAGAGACAGUGCCACCUCUCAAUGAGCUGACAGAGAUCCCUGGUUCUGCAAAGGCAGAAGAGACUGAGGAGGUAUCGACAGUGUCUGGGAAAGUGGAUGGUGAGAAAGGAGAGAAGAAAGCCAAGGAAGGCAAGAAAGAGGGGAAGGGUGCCAAAGAAGGGAAAGGAGAUGAAAAAGAAGCAUCAACAAAGAAGAAGGGUGAAAAGGGUGAAAAAGGCGAAAAAGGUGAAAAAGGUGAAAAGGGAUCAUCGAAGAAAGAAGGCGGCGAGGGAAAAGGGAAGAAAGGAGGAGGAGACAAAGGGGAGAAAGGGGAAAAAGGAGGCAAAGGAGGGGCUAAAGGGGGAGCCAAAAAAUCUCAGAAGUGA